AUGCCUUUAGACUCACCAGUGGGUGUUGUCGGGCGUCGGAAGGAUGUUUUCCUCUCAGGUUUGUACGCUGUUAAGAGUAACAGCGAGUCAGUUACACCCAACGGAAAUGGAAAUGCCACCGACCCGAAGGUGUCGGAGCGGCUGCGAUCGUGGGCAGACACCAUUAGUUCACCGUUGACUUGCACAGCAUGCAAGCUGCGAAUGAGGGCAACGGAAAGGACAUUGGUGUACCACCUCACGACAACGUAUCAUAUCGAACAUACAUCCGAGGGUUGCUUUUCCUUUGUUUUCCCGGUUAGUGCGUGUGAUGGAACUCUAACGUCACUUUCCGCUCGUAUAAACAAGAAGAUCAUGAUGUGGGAGUUGGUUCGCGUUGUCAGCCCACCAUCGGAGCGGCCAUUGGUUCUCUGUCCCGCUGUGUUCGACGCAGCAGCUGGUAUGGAAGGAAAGGCUGAGCAGGAGGAGGGUGAGCGUGGAACUUUGUACGCUGUAGCUUCAAGGGCUUCAGAUGUGCUGGACGAAACGGAGAGGGGUGUUGGGAAUGAGAUCCAGCUUGAAAUUCGUUGGACAACAAAGUCAGUUCGACAGCUGACGAAUUUGCCGGCCAUCGUCAUCGCUUACCCCUUUGCGUGUGCACCCUGUCUUCCAGAGGAAAUUGUAUAUCAAACCGUAUUUUCGAAAGUGGUAAAGUUGGUCAGCAGUGCAAACAGUCGUGACGGUACGCAGGCGUUGGACUGGCGGUUGCGCGGUAAGUACUGCACGGUGCACCUCAGCCCUGAGGAUACCAAGAUAAUGCUUAAACCCGAGGACGAAAUAUUCGUCCUCACGUUUUACUUUGAGAAUCCCAUGGAUGGCGAGCAAAGGGAUACCACUACCACGGUUGUUUCGUUCGUGAUCAUGGUUGCCAUUCUGCUUUGGUUCCUCUUAACCAAGGAUUUGGAACUGUGA